CCAUCAAGACCACAAGCGCAUGACCCAAAACCCCAUCAAUCUUUUCCCAUGGCCAUUUCCAUCGUCCUCCCUCUCUCCUCUUCAACUCCAAAUCCCUCUAACCCAGAUAAGCCCAAAACAACAAAAAGGCCAUGCCCACCAAUCUCUAUCUCCACAGAUCCAUCUCAUCUCAACCCUCAACACCUCCAGGCGCCUCUUCUCUCCUCCAACUUCUCCUGCCACCGUUUUCCCGCCCUCUCCUCCGAACGGCCGGCCUCACUCGUCGGGAAGCUAGCCAAGGCCGUCACCCACAGCUCCGUUGUUGUCUCCGUCUUCUGCCGAGAGAAGUUCUUGAAAGGAGAUGAGAGCCCAAUUGAGGGUUACUCUACGGGUUUCGGGUUCAAGGAGGUGUAUGAGAGGAUGGUUUCUGUGCCGGAUUCGGAUCAUCAGCUUGUGGGUUUUGGGCGGGCGGUUUCGGAUGGUGGGCUGACGGCAUCCAUUCAUGACGUGGUGGUUAUGCCUUCAAUGCGGAGACUGGGUAUUGGUUGUAAGAUUUUGGGAAGAAUCGUGAGGGUUCUCACUAGUCGUCAGAUCUAUGACAUUUCAGCCUUGUGCUCAGAAAAGGAGAGAUUGUUCUUUAGAGCAUGUGGAUUUGGCGAGGAUUCUCUUGGCUCGACUACAAUGAUUUACACUCGUACUGCCCCAAGCUUCUCCCAGGAUAAUUUGAUGAUCAUACCUGCAGGUCGGAUGUUGCUACUGAUUCCUCCUAUCCUUGAACCUUUCAAAUCGAAGAGGAUUGCCAAUGAGGCAGAUGAUGCUAUUAAAAUUUCAACAAAAUCUCUUUAAGGUAGACACAAUCAUGUGCAUAAGUUUUCAUUUCAUUAAGAUUGUCUAAAUUACUCCACGGCUUUUUAAAACCAAAUGGUUCCAUGAAAUAUUUGUAAUCUAAUAUUUGUGAAUUUAGGUUCCAUUUGGGUACGUUGCGUU